UUUUCCCCCAUCAUGCACUGCGGCUUCACUCACAUCUCAUCGACCGCAUAGACAGUGUGUUUUUCCAAUGUUUCGAUAAAUUCCAACCGCAUUUUUUACCUUAAAGGCACCCGAAAUCGAAAUAAAAACCAUGUCAUCACCGAGUAGGAAUUCCAGUGGACCUACUCUGCGAAGAUCAAGACGAUUGAGUAAGGGAAAAGUGAACAGUUCUUUGUCGGCGACUGGCACAGCUCAACAACCCACAACAUCAAGAACAAAAACAAGUGGGAGCCCACAGGAUAGGAGUAGUCGGCCCUACAGCCUACGACGGAAAGCCUCGCCAAUCCCCCCACCAUGCGAAACCAUCAGUGUACAUCAGGGUAUUCUGGCCGGCUCUUCCUCCGGUACCACCUCCAUCACUGCAUCCACCGCGUCCAAAGCCAAGAGAGCACGGCUCACGCAUCACCAAGCUGCCCAGAGUGUUAACUUGUCUAAUCCCGAAGACAACUUUCUCCAGUAUCAUGUCCCGUCUGAAAUCCUGCUCAAGAUCUUCUCUUACCUCCUGGAGAAGGACUUGUGCAAUGUCCUGUGCGUCUGCAAACGCUUCAACACGUUAGCGGGGGACCCUACAGUAUGGAAAAAGAUGUACCAGUCAGUCUAUGAGAUGUCCCUGCCUGUACUGCGUCCCUCACCCACCAGGUUUAAGUUUGUACAACCAGACAAGGUCGAUUCCCCUAACAUUUGGAAGGAGAGCUUCAAAACACUAUACAAUGCAGUUCACGUCAAGCCGGGCCACGCGCGCCGCGUCUACGACAACAUGGAAAUGUACAAAGGCAGGGAAAUCCAGUAUUACGACACGAUAGAGGAGGCUCUGUCAUCCGUGGAGGGUAACGAUUACCCACUCAUCCUACUACACGCUGGGGUGUACAGUGGGGAGUGGCUGUACAUCGACACACCCGUCUGCAUACUUGGUGCUGCGCCUGGACAUAUUCCGGACAGCGUCAUCGUAGAAAACUUCAAGGAGUCCACAUUUGUUUUCUUUGAGGGCUGUGAGGAUGCCUACUUAGGACAUAUCAGCAUUAGGUUUAACCCUGACCACCAGUCCAACACACCCCACCACAAGCACUCCUGCGUGGAGGUGGGCUCCUGCUGCUCCCCCAUCAUCGAUAGCUGCAACAUCCGCAGUCGCUCACAAGGUAGAGCAAGGGUGGGUGCAGCCGUUAGUGUCAGUGGCAAGAACGCAGCGCCCACCGUCAAGAAUUGUGUCAUCAGUGACUGUGAGAACGUAGGACUGUUCAUCAAUGACCACGCCCAGGGUCACUUUAUGGACUGUGAAAUCAGCGGCAACGCCCUAGCCGGUAUCUGGGUCAAGAACCAUGCCAAUCCCCUCAUCAGACGGUGUCAUAUUCACCACGGUAGGGACGUGGGCGUCUUCACUUUUGACAAUGGCAUGGGUCAUUUUGACAGAUGCGACAUCCAUCAUAACCGGAUAGCAGGCUUUGAGGUCAAGGCAGGAGCCAACCCUACGGUGGUGCACUGUGAGAUCCAUCAUGGCCAGACGGGAGGCAUCUACGUCCACGAGAACGGCAGGGGGGAGUUCCUGGAGAACAAAAUCCACUCAAAUACCUUCGCCGGUGUCUGGGUGACGUCAAACAGUGAUCCCACAAUCAGGGGCAACGAGAUUUUCAAUGGGCAUCAGGGUGGGGUGUACAUAUUUGGGGAGGGGCGGGGUUUGAUAGAGAACAACGACAUCCACAGUAACGCGCUGGCCGGCAUCCAAAUCCGAACCAACAGUAAUCCCAUCAUCAGGGGCAACCGCAUUCACGACGGCCAACACGGCGGUAUUUAUGUGCAUGAAAAGGGUAAAGGGCUGAUCAUAGAGAAUGAAGUAUACAGCAACACGCUGGCCGGAGUCUGGGUGACAACAGGUAGCUGUCCAGAGCUCAGGAGGAAUAGAAUACACAGCGGCAAACAGGUGGGAGUGUACUUCUAUGACAAUGGCCACGGCACGUUGGAGGACAAUGACAUCUUCAAUCACAUGUACUCUGGGGUGCAGAUCAGGACAGGCAGUGACCCUAUCAUCAGACGCAACAAGAUCUGGGGCGGGCAGAACGGCGGAAUCCUGGUCUACAACGGAGGUCUCGGUGUACUGGAGUACAAUGAGAUAUUUGACAACGCCAUGGCGGGUGUCUGGAUCAAGACCGACAGCAACCCUCACCUACGAUACAACAAGAUACAUGACGGCAGAGAUGGGGGAAUCUGUAUCUUCAAUGGAGGAAGGGGCUUACUGGAAGAGAACGAGAUCUUCCGUAACACCCAGGCGGGCGUCCUGAUCAGUUCCCAGAGCCACCCUAAGCUCAAGCGGAAUAAGAUCUACGACGGCCUGGCAGCGGGUAUAGAGAUCACUAACAACGCCACGGCUUACCUAGAGGGAAAUCACGUCUUCAAUAACAAGUUUGCUGGCAUCUGCCUGGCUACGGGGGUCAACCCGGAAAUGAAAGAUAACAAGGUGCAUGGUAAUAAGAAUGCCAUAGAGAAGGCAGUCAAGUGUGGCCGCUGCCUCUACAAGAUCUCCAGCUAUACCAGCUACCCUAUGCACGACUUCUACAGGUGCAAAACAUGCAACACAACGGACCGCAACGCCAUCUGUGUCAACUGCAUCAGGCGGUGCCAUUCAGGCCAUGAUGUAGAGUUUGUCACGCACGACAGGUUUUUCUGCGAUUGUGGCGCCGGUACCCUGUCCCUCCAAUGCCAACUUGCUGGGGAACCCACCAAGGACACCGACACGCUGUACGACUCGGCGGCACCCAUCGAGUCGCACACCCUAAUGGUCAACUAGCGACGAUUUCCCCGUUAACCCUCUUCCCCAACUACUACCUGCCUUUUCCAACCCCACCCCAAACACUUCCACCGCAUCGUUUCAUCGGUUCAACAGUCGGCAUACACAUUCACAAGUACUGUAUGGUAGAGACAACAGAAAAAUAUCAUUGCUGUACCAGUUUUCUUGCAAUAUGGAAUCUUAUUUGCGAAACCCUGUAAAACUUCACCAUUAUUUCACUCCUUUUGUACUCAUUCACCGUUUUUGCAUGAGUUGACAUCUUUCGAACCUUAAACGCCGGCACACACAAUCCAUAAGGGCACUAGACCAAAAAAGGGCGCCGUUUUCUUAAAACUACUCGGCACACAAAGUACGUUUCAAAAUGUUGAGGUUUUGCUGAGCAAAACCAAGCGUGCAUUGAAAAGCCCAUUUUGUGUUUGUGUUCUGUGCGUGAACUGUUCCAAGCAUUUUUUCAGGGUGCUAUGGGGAGUCCGACCCUGUAUGUAUAAUCAAUGGCCGCCUAGUUACAGCCUCCACAGGAUGGACGCGUUGUCACAGCUUUGCCAUUCACGCCUGAAUGCUGCCGCGGGAAAUGAUCUUCAUAAGCCAAAAAGCACAGUCACUCAUUUUGAGUCAGUGGAGACGUAGUGCAUGAACAAGUAAUGGUGGCCAAGUUAUGGUGCGCAUUGUCACUGCUCAUAUACCACUCAUGGUGCUGUCAUGGGUACGGUGGAAAAAAAUUGGACAAGUCUUGCGUUAUUUGCAUCGCUGUUGUCGGUGGAAUGCAUCAAAAGCUGUCGACCACAUCACCAUCGUCAUUUUUUUUCCCAGAGUCAAUCUAUACGAUAUGUUUCUGAUGUGAGUAGGCCCAUGCACAAGUCAACAGUGUACAAGAUAGGUUGUUGGCUUUACUCGGCUGCAAGCCAUGCCUCCUCAAAAGUCAAAUCGAUAAGGCAGCGAAAAACCUUGAGGACUUGCGUACGGGUUGCCGUUUAGAGGUGAAGACAUUGGGAAAGUGGGCAUUACGUUUGGAGAUUGUUCAAUCUAUUCUGUUGCCUGACUCCUCUGUGGUCGCAGAAGACUUACUGAUAACCGAGACGCUAAGAAAUGGGGUCAGGUGACAUGGUCAGGUGACAUGGUCAGGUGACAUGGUCAGGUGACAUGGUCAGGUGACAUCACGGAGUAAUGGUAGCAUAAUCGUCAGAAUGUCAAACUUGAUGCGUUUUGCUGCAGUACGACAAAUACUUCAAUCGCCGCGUGGGCUUCGCAGCAUAGAUAUGUAUUUAUUAUUUAACGAUCACUGGGUUCUGAUUGAGAUAUUGGGUACAACAGAAAAUGGUUCAUCCAUUCUGGUAAGAAAAAAAAUGCUCCAGUCAAUAUCUUUGUUCAACUUUAAAAAAAAAAAAUCAUAAUGCACCUAGUCAGUUUUCCCUUUUGCGGCUCAUUUGAAAGCUAAUGAGAGUGAUGACGAACUGAAUGGGUUGUUUUGUCUCCCAGUUUAAAAGGUCGAGUAAAGGAGAGAAGAUCAAGUUCUGUGGUGGCAGAGUUCAGCUCACUUUGUGGGAAACUUUGGCAGAAAUUGAAAUUUUCCAGCCAAAAGAGAUGUAUUUUUGUCAUUAAUAUUUAUUAUUAAAUCUGACUUAUCAAAAAAAACGACAAAAAUGAACAGCAUUUUUCCUUUUUCUUUUUUCAUUGAUGAAUUCCAAUUAUCUUAUUGGACAUCCGUGGUCUUAAGUAUUAAAAAAAAAUUAUCAAAUUAAAUAUCAAAUUACGAUUUUGAUUUACCCUUUGAUCAAAUUGACGAUUGAUUGCGAGGAGAAUGAUUUGAAAUUAAGCACGGGGACAUAACAAUAACAUGCCUAAAAGCAAUUUUUUUUUUUCUUCUCUAAAUGUGCUUCCUGGACGGCUUAAAAUGUUCGUGUUUGGUUGUAGAGUUUUUAUAAGGUUCAUCUCAUAACCAAAUCAACUCAUUUUUUUACACGUAGAUGUGACUUAGUUAUGUGUUUUUGGUUUGUUUUUGUCACCACAAAUUUGCAGUAUUUCUAAGUGCCAUGCCUUUGCCCCUUGGCGGUUAAAUUGUAAAACAGUCGUAGCGGUCCACAAAGUAGUGUUCAUUGUUUUUACAUUUGAGUGUCAUUUGUCAUUAUGUUUUCAUUUGUUCAACCAUGGAUCCUCUAUACAAGGAUAAACGACUUCCCCAAAUAUCUGGUUACAUGCGCGAUACGUCCCUUGCGCGUUGUGCGUGCGCAUAUGUGAGACUCGGUGCGCAACUGCAGGUGAAUUUCUGACGGGUUUCAAUGAGAUUUCGUGUAGGCCGGCGCCAGCUGUCGGGGAGUCAUGGCGUGCGCGCAUUAUUGUAUAUGUUCUAUUCUUUGUUCUGUGCGCGGACGCGUAGUAUCACGCAUGUAGACAAUCCAUUCCAUGCAUUUUGUACACAAGCUCAGAUGAGUCGUUUAAUCCUUGCGUAGAAGAUCCGUGGUUCAACUAAGUACAAGACUGACGCUAUCCAAACUACAAGUGUUUUUAAGACUUUUAUACAAACUGAUGUCCAAAAAAAUGUCCUUCACAAACACAAAAUUUAAUUUUGGGAUGAAAAAACCAAAAUGGCGUCCCCCCAUUAGUCUUGCACCAAAUAUCACCUUGUAUUUUUCAAAGGAAUUUGCAUUCAUUUUGGUUCAGUUUUCCCUGCACCUGACUCUAAAGGCCAAGUAAUUAAAAAAAAAAAAAUAUAGAAAAAAAAAUGAAAAUUUCAAUUGCAAUUUGUUACAAUAAAAACACAAAAAGGUUUUUGCAGACAUAUGCACUGGUGCUGUAGGAUUACUAACAACUGCAACGGGCAGGGUUUUUUUCCCCCUUGUUUAUUUGUUGUUAGGGUAGCUUUUGAUUUUUAUUUAUUAGUGAUGUAAGUUUGAACACGUAGCAGUAAAAAAAAAAAGUGUCACACGUUACUCUCCACAUUUUGUACUUAAAACAUGUAAUGUUUCCGAAGGGUUGAGAUAUUAUCUUCUUUUUUUUUAUGACACCAAAAGAUUGAAAUAAAUUCAAGGCAUUCUUGCACCUAA